AUGUAUAGAUGCUCUAUCGAUCUAUCAUACCCACAGGGUUACAGCUGUUCACCAUCACUAGUAGUCGAGAUAAGAUGCAAAUACUCCCCAGUUCAAAGCCAUUUGGCUCCAGAGUUCGGCCACAAAAAGCUCCCAAGUUCGGGCCAAAAAGCUCCAAAAUUCGGGGGGCAUUUUACAAUUUCUAUUUUGGCACCCUUUGAGAGAUGGAGUCUGAGACUCAUGGAGAUGAAUCAACCCUAGUGGGAAAGUACGAUAAAUGAAAUAAAAGUUGUCUCUACUUGA